AUGACGGGCUCUCCCCACCUGAAAGACGGCAACACCAAACAGCACCCCUACUCUCAGUUCUGGGAGUCUUCAGGCAGGGGAAGUCAUAUUUGGCAGGCCCCGACGUCCCCGUUGGAGCGCAGAACACCUGCUGUCCUAGCCGCACUCCUGCCUGCUGUCGUUUCCGCGGUCAUCACGCCUCCGGGUCAGACGAGAAAGCCGCGCAUCCGUGAGAAAGGCCGCCAGGCCCGAGGUGCGUCCCAGGUUCUCUCUGCUGCCAAGGGGAAAGCACUCCCUUCCUCUCCACCUCUUCCUUUGGGAGCCACUGUGCACGGAAAGCCUGCUGCUGGGUCACGUAGCCCCGGCAAGGGGCCUUGGAGAGCCCGAUCGACCAUCGCCACGUCCGCGGCUGUUUCUCGCACAAGAUCAUCCCAAGGCGCCAACUGCACAAUGGAGAAGAAGCAACGUUCCCCCUGGGCCCCACCUUCCAGAGUGCAGUCUCCACGAGCUCCUCUAAGCAAGAUGACCGGUAUGUUGGUGCUCGUCCUGAUGCAGAUGUACAAAAUGAAAAGGCCGGCUAGGAAAGCAGAUAUGAUGAAGAUUGUCGGGAAAAAGUACAAAAAUCGCUUCCUCGAGAUCCACCAAAGAGCAUCUUUCAGCAUGGAGGUGGUAUAUGGCACUGACCUAAAGGAAGUUGAUUCUCCACAUCAUUCCUAUAUGCUCGUCAGCAAAAUGGAUCUCCCCAACAAUGGGCGGGCUAGCGGAGCCAGCAGAUUCCCCAAGACCGGUCUCCUGAUGAAUCUCCUGGGCCUGAUCUUCAUGAACGGCGACUGCGCCACUGAGGAGGCGAUGUGGGAAUUUCUGAAUAAGAUGAGGGUGUACGCCGGAAAGAGGCACUUGAUCUUUGGGGAGCCCAAGACGCUCAUCACCCAAGGUUUGGUGAAGCUUAAGUACCAGGUGCCCCACAGUGAUCCAGCACACUAUGAGUUCCUGUGGGGUCCGAGAGCCCACGCUGAGACCAGCAAGAUGAGGGUCCUGGAGUUUUUCGCCAAGAUCAAUCAUACGGUCCCCCGUGCCUUCGCAUCCUGGUACGAAGAGGCUUUGCGCGAUGAG